UUGAGAGUGAUCAUGGUUGGAAAAUUCAAGUUCCAUCCCGGCAACAAAGUGGAAGUGAGCAUCGACCAUGGCAUCGGCAUAUACUGCUCAUGGUUCACCGCCACCAUCGUCAAGUGGGUCUCCUCCGACAAAUUACUGGUCGAAUACGAUGACGUGGACGUGAAGCCAACAACUGUCGGUCUUCAUCAGCUCCGACCAGUACCUACGCCAGAGAGCGAUGAUUGGGAAGUGAAGAUCGGCGACAAGGUGGAGGCUUUCCGGAAACAACGGUGGUGGGAAGGCCGCGUUAUUGAAGAUUUAGGGAAUGGAAGUUUCCGUGUGUGUUUUACAGACUCGGAAGAGAUUGUGUUUCCAAAAGACCUUCUUAGGGUUCAUCGCCAGUGGAUAAAUCACAAUUGGGUUCCGCCAAUCACACCCCAACAAAUCAAAAACCAUAAGGAACUUCGUAGGGAACUGAAGCGACAGCGGCAGGAAGAUAGGAUUAGUGAUUUGCCUGACUGCAUAUUGCUCCACACAUUGGGUUUUCUUGAAGCACGAGAUGCUGUUCGGACUUGUAUCUUGUCUAAACGGUGGAAGGAUCUUUGCAAACGCGUCACUACUCUCACAUAUACUCCGUCUCCACUUACAUCUUCGUAUGAAAGAUCUAAGAAAUUUAUGUCUUGGGUUCUGUCCAGUAGAGAUCACUCAUAUUCCCUACUUAAUCUUACUAUUGAUGCUUGGAUACAGGAAGAUGAAGAGCUAUGUAAACUCAUUAAUAUAAAUCCGCUACUCUCUUUGAAAAUUAAUGGGUAUGGAAGGUGUCCAAAAUCUGAGUUACUUCCUUUAAUCUUUGGCUCUCACUCUUUGACAUUUCUUGAGCUUUGUUAUUAUAGUUGGUAUGACGGGUAUGCAAAGUGUCCAAAAUCUCUUCACUUACCUGCAUUAAGAACCUUGCAUCUUAAUUUUUUCAGAUUUGUUGCAACUCACAAUCAUUGUGCUGACCCUUUUCCAAACUGUCACGUGUUGAAUAUUUUGGUUCUCGAUAGCUGUUCUUUGAUUGAGGAUGCACAAGUCCUCUGCAUAUCUAAUCAGACAUUAUCCAAUUUGACUAUAACCUAUGUAUCAGCUGUCCAAUUUUCGCUUUCUACUCCAAAUCUUAGUUCUUUUACUAUCCAUGGUGGUUCUUUUUUUCGUCAACUCUUGGCCUCCACAUGCAAUCUUUCUUUUCUUCAACAAGUAAAUAUGUAUGGCAUUUCCAAUAACGUGGAAGCUUCAAUCUUCUUAAGAUGGCUGCAAGUGCUGGCCAAUGUAAAGAUUUUGAGAUUUGACUAUUCUGUCAUUGAAACAAUACAAAAGGAAUUCCGCUUAAAUCCAAUUUCGAAGAAAGCGCAACCUCCACGCUUUGCUAGAUUGGAGUUGUUUAUAGUGCACAAGCCUUUUUAUCCAGAUAGGGAACAAGAAAUAAUGGAAGUAGUGAAACACUUGCUUCAAAACACUACUUCAGUGCCUAGAGUUCAAGUUGGUAGCUUUUGUUUUUGAUUAUUUUGAGGUUGAUGCCUCAACCUUUUUUCUACUGUUGGUUUUCAAAACAAUUGUUCUG